UACAGUAACAUGCGUCUAGAAGAGCGUUUUAAUACUCGCCUGGAAUGUACCAUUGUCUAACUAAGCCAUGAAACUCGGCACGUUGAUCACUUCAUUGUGACAAUGUGUUUUUGCCCGUAUGUGGUUCGAAAGUCGGUCGAACUCUGGGCUUUGAUGAGUUGAUCUAUUGGUUUGAAAGUCGGUUGAACUCUGGGCUUAUUGAGUUGAUCUAAUGGUUCGCAAGUCGGUUGAACUCUGGGCUUUAAUGAGUUGAUCUAAAACUGCAGAAUCUAGUUGCAGCAUUGUGGUUUACUUCUGCCCCCCGCCCAUUGCGUUGACUGGGCUGAGAGGGGCAGAGGUGGUUCAUCCAUUGUGGGGCGUUCGCCCUGUUUCGCAUCUGCAAAAUCUAGUUGCAGCAUUGUAGUUUCUGCUGUCCCCCGCCCAUUAUAUAGACUGGGCUGAGAGGGGGCAGAGGUCAUCCAUUGUAGGACGCUGCUCUGUUUUGCAUUUCAAGGGUUGAGACAGACAGUGGUGUCCAUUUUGUCUGAGUGGAAAUUUCCACUUGGGCUUGCUCCUUGGCAAAUUUAGCAAUUUAGUUUGAGAACCAGUAGCGCCCGGAGAGGCUGCCUAGUCUAUUGGUUCGUACUUGGUUGUUCUUUAAGCGUGUCAGUUUGGUUACACGCCUUCAGUUACGUUACGUUUUCAACCCUUGCUGCCCGUGGAGGCUGUCUGAUUUACAGGUAGUGUUUUUCAGGGUCUCUGGCAGCUCUGUCUGCUCAUAUUUUGGUUCCUUUUUAGUUUUAUUUGGUUCUAGUUAAAGCUGCAUUAUGAAGCGUCCUCUUUCAAUAAAAGUUGCCGUGUACCGUGAUCGGUUAACGUAUGAACAAGUGUUUACUUUGCUGAGCGAGGUUUCGGCUCCCAUGAGCAGCAUUCAGGCUGUUCAGUCUCUGGGACCAAACUCAUUCGACGUGUCAUUUUCCUCGGUACACGAGCGUACAUUGUAUGCGGGGAAACUGUCUGGUUUAGACGCCGUGGAUGUGUCAUCUUACGCGGCGGCGGAGAUAAUUGUCACGGCCACAAGAAUUCCGUAUGAGCUCGAUGACAACUAUGUCAGGAACUGGUUAAAUCAAUACUGUGCCGUCAUCACGUCCCGUAUGGUAACAUACCGGGACAGACCGACCAUCAAAAAUGGGAACCGGCAAUAUAAAGUAGUUUUAAAGCCGGGAUGCAAUAUCCCAUCAGCAUGGAAAAUGUUUGACGGGAGGAUGGUUUUCUUCAGGUACGUGGGGCAGCCCCGUACCUGCUUGAGAUGCAACCAGGAAGGCCAUGAGUCGGCAAAUUGUGCAGUAACAUUUUGCAACAAAUGCCAAUCCAUUGGGCAUUUGGCCAUGGAUUGUACCAACGAUGUUGUGUGCCUCAGUUGCAGGGCAGAGGGGCAUACGGCCCGCCGUUGUCCCCUGUCCUUCGCAAACAGGAUUAAGAUGGGAGCCAGUUGGGCUAAGAGCCAAGAGCUCCCGGCAGGUGUGAGUCAGGUCCGUGAACACCAUGAUGGAGGGGUUCCUCAGGCUGUAAAUAAGCCUGAUCGGUCGGAACUGGCCCAUGUUUCUGACGCAGAGUCUGGUGUAUCUGAUCCUGUUUCGCCUCCAGGUCACCCUGGCAGUGUGGACCCGGGUACUUCUUCGGCUGUGAAGUCGGAUGUUUCUUCUCCGGUCGCGGAGCCGGAGGUUUUUCCUCCGGUCGCGGUGGUUGAGCCGUCUGAGGACGUGCUGUUGGAGGCCGCUCCUUCGCUGACCAAGUUUUCUCCGGUCGCGGUGGUUGAGCCGUCUGAGGACGUGCUGUCGGAGGCCGCUCCUUCUCUGGCCAAGUCUUCUCCGGUCGCGGUGAGCUGCCAUGAUGGCAACUCUGAUAUUGCUGACAAAGAUUCCAGGAAAAGGUGUAGGGGUGAUUCCAGUGAGGGAUCUGCCUCUGCAAAGACUUUGUCGAAAGGAAAAAAGAUUCGUAAGGAGCCGGAUUCCGACUCCAGUCUUGUUAUCGAGGAGUUUCCCUCGGACAGUCUUCGUUCUGUGGACGGUAACGAGUCUGACUCUACUGUUGGCUCCAGAAGCCUCAUCAUUGAUGAGGAUACUUCGGAUGCCUCUCAGGCUCCAAGUCCCGAUUUGGUAGCAAAG